CAACUUCUCAAGUUCCCCUUUUUGGACAUGACAUUGAGACCAGAAUCGCCGUUCGAGUAGAUGGCAAGAAAGACCCCUUGGCGAUCAACGAUACUCGACCGUUUCCUUUUCUGUCUGAUAACCGACGCCGCAUCUUGGAACAUUCCCAACCGGAACCGCAACGGCCUAACCCCGUAAACGACGAUUUCCUGCUCGACUUGCAUCAGCUGGCGACCCUAUGAAGGAUGGUCUUUUGUGGCAAGCCCAGUGGUGGCUGUCACGCCUGUCGAGAACGCAAGACUAAAUGCGACCAAGUACCUGAAGGAUGUACCCAAUGUAAACGGGCGAAACGCACAUGUCCCGGCUACCGAACUCCUGGAGACUUGAUAUUCCGCAACGAGAGUACCAAUGUGAUCCGAAAGUUCAAGGCUAAAGAAGCUAGAGACAAGAAGGCAGCCUCUUUGAAAGCAUCUCCACCGCGGUCAGUGACGUCUGGAUCCUCAUCAUCAUCACCUCCAGAAGAUGAUGAUUGGGACGACAUCUCAGAUAGCUCACUUGAGAUCAUCCAGCGAGCGGAUGCACCUCUAUCUGUAUUCUCUCUCGCGCCUACCAUUGAGGAACGGGCUACUGGUUUCUUCGUUGCCAACUUUGUCCUUGGAAUGUCUGGUCCUUCCAAGGGAUACCUUGACUAUCUAACAGAAGUGGCUCGAACUCAAGUGCUGGAUGAUGGCCUUCUUGCUAGUAUGAAAGCAGUCGGUCUGGCUGGUUACGCACACUCGGUUCAUGCUCCAUCACUGCUGAAAAAUGCACGCUACCAGUACUAUCGAGCUCUACAGUCGACAAAUGCUGCUCUGCGAGACCCAGUCGAUGUCAAGAAAGACACUACACUUCUUUCCAUCAUGAUUCUCGGCAUCUUCGAGGCCAUUACUGGAACCAAGCAAUCCUCACUUAGAGACUGGGCUCAGCACAUCAAUGGCGCAGCUGCAGUAAUAAAACUCCGAGGCCCGGAACAAAUACGGACGCCAGUCGGCCGUCGUAUGAUGCUUACAGUAACGUCCAGUCUGCUCAUUACCUGUAUCUACAAAGCUGUGCCUUUGCCAAUCUAUAUGCAAGAAUAUAUGGAAGAGGCUCUGAGGAUCGUUCAGACCCCAGACCCAGCUUUCAGGAUCCAAGAGAUCAUGAUGCGGUUCGCCACUCUACGAUCAGACAUGGUGCACAAACGCCUCACAGAUCCGUGGGAGAUCCUCAGUCAGGCUCUUGAUCUGGAUGCUGUCCUACUCAAGAUAAGCUCCGAUCCUCCACCUGGUUGGGGGUACGAAACCAUUUACACUGACACGAACUCUGACAUUGUGUACAACGGCCAAUAUCACCUUUACUACGAUUAUUGGAUGGCCCAAAUCUGGAAUGCCUUGCGCACAUUGCGGAUCAUGUUAAAUGAAACGAUAAGAGGUGUCUUGUUGGCUGGAUUCAGCGCUAGACCACCGGUCUUCACGGGCACGGAACAUACAGCCCAGUUCCAGAUCAGUACCGAUACCAUCUACUCUCUCCAAGCCGACAUCCUCUACAGCGUUCCUCAACACCUCAACAUUUUCCCUGAGCCGGCAGGAUUCCGCGAUCAAGGUACAGCAUCCAUCCGUUUGCAUAAGCUUAUGGAUGAAUUCUCCUCUGUGAGGAUGUCGGGUGGCUCGUUUCUGAUUUGGCCAUUGUGGUUUGUGGGGAUCAUAGAUGUUGCUACUGAAGAGAUGAGGGGAUUUGUGGUGAGGAAUCUGAAGAAUAUUGCUGUUACGAUGGGACUUCAACAGGCUGCCGUGUUGGCGAAAGUUGUGGAAGAUCAAAGCGAGAUCAAGGAAUGGAAGCAGGAAGACGACUGA